GACUUUUUUACUCUCGUUAUUUUGCUUCAAAUUUCCUACUGAAUUGCUACUAAACUUCUGCGGUUUCGUGCUGUUUGCGCUUCAAUCCAGACUUCAACAACAGUUUCCAAGACCAAAUUUAGAAAUUGAGAUGUCUUCAGAAGAGGCCAGGAGUGUAGUGGGGAGCGAAGUGCAGCCCUUGGAUUACGGUAGUAUGGAUACGGAGAGUAGUCCGUCUCCAACUAGUUCGGAGAGGACAGUGGAGGAGAGGAUGGAUCAUAGGGUGGUAGAAGAGGUAGAAGAGGAAGAAGAUGAGAUUCCCUCCAGCAUUUUGGAGGCGGGGAAUAGGGUAGAUGGGUGUUAUGACUCGGAUUUAGAUAUAGUAUCUGAGGUGAGGGGGUAUGUGAGCGAGUUAGGUAGUAGGGAUAGUCUUAGGGGCCUCGUGGGGAACUGUAACCUUCCUCCCCAUGUCCUAAUCAGGCCUGCCGGGGUGAAUGAGAGGGCAUGCUCAGCACCCCGAGACCAUUGGAUGCCCAUAUACCUGCAUUAUUUGAUUGCAGGGCUUAGGUUUCCCAUUCCAGAAUUACUGGUUGGACUAUUAUUAGAUUAUAGUAUAGGAAUAACCCAGCUAACUCCAAAUGCCAUGAGGGUAGUAAUAGGUUUUCUUGUAUACUGCAGAGUUCGGGGGGUUGGGGUCCCUACAAUGAACAUGUUCAAGCAUUUUUUCAUAAUUAAGGCUGGGGGUAGGGGGGAGAAGGGGUGGUAUUACUUCGGUCCUCGGUCGUCCAGCAAAGAGAAUAAGAAUUUAUUCUCUGCUGGACCGUCAUCCAUCAAAGGGUGGAAAGAAAAAUUCUUCUUUGUGGAUGACACCGAGUGGAGUAGAAGGGAUGCCGAGGUGGAACAGUUGUCUGCUUGGAAGGCUAAGAAAACCAAGCAGAACAACUAUAAGUUAAAUAAGGAUGAAGUGGAGGAGGUAGAAAAGCUGGUGAGGGAAGGAGACGUAGUGGAUAUCCUGUAUCUCACCAGCCCGAUGGCGAUAGAGGCUGCUGAGCUCUAUGGGCCGAGCUCCUUGAGUGAAGCUGAGAUGAAUGAUUUUGUAAGUGUUGCUGGAGGACUGCGCAUCCCAAAGAAGCCAAGGAAGAAGUCAACGACUUCAGCUGCGGCGAAUAGAGGGGUGCCAGAGAAAGAGCGCCUGCCCAGCACUUCGGCUCGAGUGCUGGAGAUACAGCAGAGGCUAGAGCCUGGAGGGGGGGCGAGUGAGGAAGUGAGUGAGGAAGUGGCCCCACUUCAGAGAAAGAAGAGGAAGGUGGCUGAGCCAGAAGUGAGGGGGGAUGAGGUGACUGAGUUCGUACCUCGCCCUUCUGCUCCUGAAAUCAGCCUUGAAGUCAGGGAGAGGGAAAGGGCCGAGGUGCAAGGGCCUAACGAGGGCACGGAGCUCAUCCCUCCUCACUCGUACAAGAAGAGUUUGUUCGAGGCGAGGAACACAACUGGGGCGAAGCACUUCCUGAACGCCACUCUGCCUGAGGUGGAUAAGACGCGAGCAAGGGACGAGGCGGUGAGCCAGCUGGGGGCAACUGUUGUAAGGCAUGCCCUGGAGAGUGCAAGCUGGACGAAUGCUCUGGCGCAAGAGUACGCAGAGAGCGUGAAAGAUCGCGCCAGCUUGCUGAGGCAAUGCGAGGCCCUGCGAAAGGAGAAGGAGGAGCUGCAGAAGGAAAAAAGGGAUUUGCAGAAGAAAAACCAGCAGAUUCAGAGGAGGCUGGAUGAGGUGACACCAACAGUAACCGAGCUCCAAAGUGAUAACAGUGUCUUGAGCACGAAACUCUCUCUUGAGGAACGUAAAAGGAAAAUUUGCGAAGAGAAGCUCGAGGCUCAAGACAAAUAUAUCGAGAGCCUGAAGAAAGGGGCAGUGGAGCUGAAGAAGAACGUGGAGUUGUUGGUGCACAACGGGAUGGAGGGACAUAUUGGCAACUUUCUCAACUCCAAUACCUUCGAGGGCAUCCUCAAGUUGUACCGGCUCCCCACCGCCAUCCUGGCCUUCACCGACUGUAGAAAGAAGGUGAAGGCCCAGUACCCAGAGGUGGACGUGACAACGAUCACCUUUGGGGAACAAGAAGAUGGAGUAGAAGAGGAUGGUGAGAGUCUCUGUGCCGACUUCCGACCUCUGAUCAAGUUGAGGUGGGAGCAUGACGUAGAGGGACGCACUAUCUUUCCUCCAGACUUUGAUGCUGAGCUGGUGGCAGUGGAGGAAGAAGGAGAAGGAGAAGAAGAAGAGCAAGGUGCUGGAGUUGAAGAUCAGGCAGUCUUGGCCGAAGUGCAGCCUCCUGAGGUGCAUCCAGUCUCUUCUGACGAAGUGCAGCUGCCGGCUCUUCCUGAGGCAGAAGUGUCGCCCCUGCCUACUGGAGAUGCACCGUCUCAACCCCUACUCCUUGCGGAGGAGCAGCCUCCUCCUCCAGCAGAGUAGUUUAGGAUUUUUCUUGUAAAAAAACAUUUUUGUUAUAGAUUGUUUAUGAAUUCAUAAAAUUUUGUUUUGAAGUUAUUUUGAUGUGUGUUUGGUAUUUUUACUUUAGAUGAAAUAAAGUUACCUUAAUUAA